AAUGUUGAUCUUAGCAGGAAUGAAAUUAAAGGAUUUAUCUGAAUAUACAUAAGAGCCUCAACCAACUAUCAAACAUUUAGAUGUUUCUGUAACAAAAUUUUUAUUUAUUUUAGAGUAAUCUAUUAAAAUCUGGAAAAGAAUUUAGUAUGUUUCCGAAUUUAGAAACCUUGAUCAUAGAUAAUAACUACUUUUUCAGAUUAGAUGAUUUUCCAGUUUUACCAUUUUUAAUUACCCUUAGUGCAAACAAAAAUACUUUUAAUAAUUUUGAAAUGUAAUCAACCUAUAUAUCCCAGGUUUAUACAACAUUGUAAAGACAAGUUUCCUAAACUAAAUCAUGUUAGUUUAAUCAAAAAUCCCAUUUGUCCCAUGUUUACUUAAGGAGAAGAAGAAAAUAUUAUGUAUUCUAAUAUCGUCAUCAAUAGUUAUCGAGCUAAAUUCAUUUAGGAAAUUCCUUUAUUAAAGAAUUUAGAUGGUACUCCUGUUAAUCCACAAGAAGCUGAUCCUAAUUUUUGGAAAUUAAAAUAGUAAACAAAAUUAUAGUAAACUUAAGUAUUAAACUCUAAUUAUUAUUUGUAGAAUUAUGAUGAAUAAAAAAGAGGAACAAUUGAUUAUAAUACUAAAUAUCAAAAACCUAAUAGUAAAACAGUCAAAACCAAAAGUGAAGGAAAUAGAUUUGUAAAAAAUACCCAUUUAUGA